GGGGAACUCUGAUGAAAUUAUACCAGGCUGGUUUUGGCAACAGUGCUCGGCCAACUUUUGCUACCAUAGUCUGGAAGGUUCCCCUCCAAAACUUCAGGGGCCCAGAACAAAGGACCCUCCUGCACAUUCGCCUCGCCAAAGACCACGACAGGGUAGGGAUAAAUCAUGGUGAAAGAAACAGGCUAUUAUGACGUUCUAGGAGUGAAACCCACUGCGACCAAUGAUGAACUCAAAAAGGCGUAUAGGAAACUCGCGUUAAAAUACCACCCAGACAAGAACCCCAAUGAAGGAGACAAGUUUAAGCUGAUAUCGCAAGCAUAUGAAGUUCUCAGCAAUGAAGAGAAGAGAAGAAUAUACGAUCAGGGUGGUGAGCAGGCCAUCAAGGAAGGUGGAAGCACUGGGGGAGGUUUCACAUCACCCAUGGACAUCUUCGACAUGUUCUUCGGUGGAGGCAGACGGCGAGAACGAGAGAAGAAGGUGAAGGAUGUCAUCCACCAGAUGUCAGUCACUCUCGAAGAAUUGUACAACGGAGCCGUGCGAAAACUAGCUCUUCAGAAGCACGUCAUUUGCGUCAAGUGUGAGGGACAAGGUGGAAAGAAGCCCCCAGAAAAAUGCCCCACGUGUCGUGGUACCGGAAUGCAGGUUCGCAUACAACAGUUGGGACCAGGAAUGGUCUCACAAAUGCAGAGCAUGUGCUCAGAUUGUCGUGGUCAGGGAGAACGCAUAAACCCAAAGGAUAGAUGUAAGACGUGUGAAGGUAGAAAAGUUGUUAAAGACCGUAAGAUUUUAGAAGUCCAUGUCGACAAAGGCAUGGAAGACGGACAGAAGAUCGUGUUCUCUGGUGAGGGUGACCAGGAGCCGGGACUUGACCCUGGUGACAUCAUUAUUGUUCUUGAUGAGAAAGAACAUGAAACCUUUAGGCGAGUAAAUAGUGAUCUAACGAUGCAGAUGCAUAUUACACUAGUAGAGGCAUUAUGUGGAUUCCAGAAACCAAUCAAGACCUUAGACGACAGAACUAUUGUGAUCAGUGCUAUUCCAGGUGAAGUCAUCAAGAAUUCUGAUGUGAAAUGUGUAAUGGGAGAGGGUAUGCCUACCUACAAAAAUCCUUUUGAGAAGGGACGGCUGUUAAUUCAGUUCAUGGUAGACUUCCCCGCACAUAUUAAUAGUGAACGUAUAGCCAAGUUGGAGAAGAUCCUUCCCGUAAGGCCAGAAAUAAUCAUCCCUGAUGACAGUGAAGAAUGUAACCUAGUAGAAAUUGAAAGGUCGCAGAGAAACAGACGCCACAAUCAUUCCAUGUAUGACGACGACGACGAUGAGCAUGACCAGCGGCAACAUUUGCAAUGUCAGACCAGCUAGAUAUUAUCCCAAGUGUUCAAUUUUUUUUUUCUUUUUUUUAUCCUUGAAGGGAAAGCUGGGCUUCAGUCAGAGCAUGUGACUAAAUAGGUUAGUUUUGCAUAAAUUAACAUAGUAAAAAAUGAAAAAAGUAAUUAGCAACUAUAAUGGGUUAUAAAUGUAAACUGUAGAUACUGGAGUAUUCAAAAGUUUUUGCAGUCGUUUUGAGUGUAAAUUACAGAAAAGAAAACUGCCUUUAUUUGUUUAUUAUGAACCUUCAGAAGUUUUUAAUUUGUAUGCUACAGAUAUACUGGGCUUGUGCUGGGAUUCUAAACCUUUAUUCCUUUUGUUUUUCCUUUUUUUUGAAUUCGUUCAACAACUUGAGACUUAGUGAAGCCCCGGGUAUCUCAUUUUCAUUUGUGUACAUUCAUACCGGUUCUCGAAUAAUGUAUGCGCCACUUGUUGAGUCAGUAAGUUGUGCAUUGCAAUGAAGCCUUGUUGUCUAAAAGGCCUCACUGUUUUGGACAAUAGUUUCUGCAGGUGUUAUGUUAUCUCAGUAAAAACCGUGUUUGUAAGUUAUGUCACGUGUUGAGUAUUGAUGUAUCAUCCAAUAAAUAAGAACUUUAUUAUU